AGAAUGAGGUGGCGAGCGUACAGAGGUUUUGGCGCGGCGCGCGUGCUCGGACCCGCGCUCAAGACGCCCACAAGAAUAUCCCCAAAGUGAGGCCAGGCCAGGGGGUUCGGGGGGGCAGCAUGAAGCCCCUCCUGCCGUUCCUGCCACUCCUGCUUCUGCUCAGCCCGGAUGUGCGCUGCGCCCCCGCCAACAAGAGGCUCCCCAAAAGCGACGCAGGCCCGCCGGGACCCCGGAACCCCGCCAAGCCCAAGUGGGCAAACGGGAGCACAGCGGCACCGGUGUCGGGUGCGGUCACGCAGCUGCGCGCCCCUGCCCUCCAGCACGACACAUGCCUGGGCUACUACGAUGUGAGUGGACAGUUCGACAAAGAGUUCGGUUGCAACAACACAGACCACCGCUUCUGUUGCGGCAGCUGUUUCCUACGCUUCUGCUGUGCCGACCGCGCUAAGCGUCUGGAGCAGACGUUCUGCACUAAUUACAACACGCCCGACUGGGUCAAGACGCAACCGCCCUCGCCCGCGCCCACCGGGGACACCUAUGACCCCGAGUUGGACCGCACCAACACCACCGUGUACAUCAGCUGCGGCGUGGUUGCGCUCGUGGUCGCCGUGGGGAUCUCCGCCAAGGUGGCGUACGACAAGGCCACCAAAACUCCGCAGGAGAUGAACGUGCACAGAGCACUGGCGGACAUCUUGAGGCAGCAAGGCCCCGUUCCCAUUUCGCAGUAUGAGCAAGACAACUUGGACGCCAUGAUGAAUGGGUCACCAAAAGACGAGACGCCAGUCCGGACCUGCAAGAACAACUACACGCCCGUGCAUGCCAAGUCCUCCAACCAUGGGCAUUAUGGGAUGGAGACAAUUCACAGCGGAGGUGCAGACAUGCUCAUUUCAUCAGGCUUCGUAACGCUCGGAAGGGGACACCUCAAAGCGCAGCACUCCAUCAACGAUUCUGCCCAGAUGCCCUGGCAGAAUGAGCGUGACCUCCCCGUCUCGUACGGAAAUCACCAUCACCAUGACUACCAGCACAGCCACGUGGAUCUCACAGCUCUCACGCCAAAGCUGGCAAACAGACACGGCCGACACGAGCGAGCGGCGCGCCACAACAACAUCCUGACGGCGGCCACCGAGCCGUACGACCUGUCACUGUCCAGAUCCUUUCAGAACCUCAGCCACAUGCCACCCGCCUACGAGCUCGCCCUCUCGUCUGACUUGAGUGACAAGGAAGUGGAUGACUUCUAUGCCAGGAAGCAUCACCAAGCGGACUUUGGCGGCCGAGGCCACACCCAUAUGGCCAUGCUAAACGAUCCGCCGCCAUUGCACCACCAUCAACAUCAUCAACAGCAACAUCAGCAACGUCAGCGCCCUCACCGCGUCCAGCGUGCUAUGUCACAGGACCAUGUCCUGUCCCCGCCGCGGACUCCCCGCCGCGGGGACUGUGGCCUCUCAUCUUAUGGCAAUGCAGCUCCGACUUCCUACGGGGGCAAUCGCCACCCGUCAGAAGAACUGCUACUGUCGGCAGAGCGCCUACGCUCCCAGGAUCCUUUGCUGUCUCCCGCCGUUCGUCGCAACAAGUUUCGCCAAAAGGCCAUGGCCCGUGCCAUGUCUCACGCCGACAUGCUGAUGCCCACCACGCCCAUGCAUGAACGCCACCACAUGGGCAAAAUGCUGUCUGAGCCUGGCGAUACCUACAACACACUCGGCGUCAACAACCUCAGCGUCAACACGCUCAGCGUCAAUACGCUCGGCGUCAACACGCACGCCAGCACCGCCAAAAGGCAGGCCUUUGCCUCGCGCCGGACGCACACGGUGGACCACCUGCAGUUUGGCACAGGACAUCAUCAUGGGACAAACGAGGUCACCGUUUGACUGCAGCAGACGAGACCGCUUCCUGUUGCUCCACUUCCUGUCGCCCACCGGCGAACAGCGUCACAAGGGCUUCACUGUGGCGACCAAUCCUCCAUUUUAUAAUAUUAACACAAUUGCGCAUAUAGUACUUCACAUUAGCAUUCAAAUGUUCAUGCAAAUGUUAGAGGUGACACCAUCAUUUGGUAAACUGCUGAAUUCUAAAAUGACGCCAUCUUCAUUACUUUUUUCUUAGCGCUUGAACAAACACUAAUGCUAGCGAUGAUGUCAAAAUUUGGUAAAAUGAUAAUGCUAAAAUGACAUAAUCUUAACAAGGUUGUUCUUAACGUUAUCAUAGCCACACGAAUUAUUGUGAUGAUGUCUUCAUUAAGUAAAUCGUAAAAUGAUGACCCUAACCCUCAAUUUUGUAGUUAUUGGUGUUCCCGUGGCCCUGCAAAUGCUGUAGUUGCUGACUAAAAUCCUAAAUGUUAAAAUGCCAAACGUUAAAAUUAAGUCGUUUUUUUGUGGCCACUCAAAUCCUAGUGUGACAACAUCAUUAGCAUGUUACAAUGUGACGUCUUGGAUAGCAUUCACUCGCUAGGCUAAGAUGACGUCAAUCUAUGUAAAUACAACCAGCAAAGUGAUUGUUUUAUCACUUCCUGUUCUUGCUCCUACACUUCCUUUUGGCUUUUGGUGUAGAGACGAAGGUGUUUCUCACCUCAUCGCAAGGGCUUCAAGCAGAUCCUACAUUUUGGAACCGAGGACAUAAAGUAUUUCAUCUAGCACUGGAAUUGGGUUAGGUUGCCGCCCCAAUGUCAAUUCACUGUGAUGAAUGAACACAGGACUGAUUCAAUGAUCGCUGUGUAGAACUCCCUCAACAGCUCCUGUGGUUGGCCAUGCUUCCUCAGAAGCUGCAGGAAGGACAUCCUCUGCUGGGCCUGUCUGAAGAUGGAGUUGAUGUUGGUAUCUUACUUCAGGUCUGAGGAACUGUAAUUGCCAGGAACUUCAAAGUCUCGAUGGUUGACACAGAACAGUUGGACAGCGAGAUGGGCAGCUGUAGUAUUCAUGUGGCCAUACAAAGUCAAUGUCGCCUUAGCAUUCAUACAUCCACGGAAAAUUUGAUUGUGACAUCUUGGUAGCUGUAAUACUAAAUGCUAAAAUAACUCCUCAUCUUUGCAACAUUAUUCUUAGCAUUGCAUUUAGCACAGCCACACAAUUGCUAGCACUGACGUCAUUGUUAGCUAAAAUGGGACCAUUGUUGCAACAUUAUUGUUAUUUUUCACUCAGCCACUCAAAGAUGACAUCGUGUUACCAUUUUCGUGUGAUGAAAUCCUCAUCAACAGUAAAAUGACAUCUAUGUUAGUGUUCGCACUAAAAUGAUGUCAUGCCAAUGUAAUGACAUAAAUACGAGAUGUCGUAGCAAAUGACAUAGCACGACAUCAUGUUAGCAUUUAUGCAGCCAACCAGAUGCCAGUGAUGACAUCAUCAUGAACAUUAGAAUAUCUUUGGUAAUGUUCCCAUGAAAAUGAAGUAACAUCAAUGGAAUCACAUCAAUAUUAGAAAAUGUAGCACACAACAUCGCACGACAUUUACUUCAGUGCUGACGACGACAUCGUUGGGUGACUGCACAAGCGCCGAGUGAUGAGGACUUCAUCUUCGCCGAGCCACGUUAUUUACCAUUCAUGCAGAUGCGCCAAUAUGACAUCAUUGCUAACGUUUGCUGAUCCCAAGAGCUGCGCAAAAACAUCUUUCCCAUUGUCAUUAGCAUUCAUGCGACUAUGCUUAAAUACUGUAAAUAUGCUUCUGUAAAUGCUCUCCCAGUCAAACUUUUUUUCUCUAACGUAGACCUUUUAAUCUAGAUAAGAUUCAUGUUAUGUCACGUGUUACGCGUUUAUUAGCACCUUUAGCUCAGCGCUGUUAACGUCCUCUGCAUUUGAGGUCGCACCGCAUCUGAGUGUUUGCAGGAAAAAAAUCAAGACAAUGGCCCGUCAAGCUCCUCCUUCCUGCCUCCUUUCCCUUCCACAUUCAAUUGGAUAAAUGCUUUUCUGGCAGCCAUCACACGUUAAAAAAAAAAACGAAUUAAAAGUUGUUUUUAUACCAAUUGUGUGUACGUGUGUUUAAGUGUGCGCGUGUGAGUGGCAUCUCUUGACCCACCCUUUCCCCUUGUGUCCAGCCAA